GUCGCUGGCUGGCUUUCCAACUACUUGACUGUCAACUGACUGACUGACUGACUCACUGACUGACACGGUCAAUUUGUCUGUCUGUCUCACUCCACAUCCGCCCAUGCCCACUGUGGUCCCUCCUCCGCCCUCCGCAGUCCCUUGAUCCUCCCUCCCCCCUCCCCUGCCCGCCAGCCACCAGCUUAAGCUCCAGGGGGAUACCACACAAACAACCCACCACCCACCACCCAUCCCGCUCGAACCACGCCCGCCCUUUCGCGCGAAUGGGUCAUUCGUUACCCGAUUCCUGUUGGAACUUGCAUGGUGGUAUUCGGGAAAAGAAAAAGGACGACCACGCCGCCAGCCACCACCACCACCACUACCCCCACAUUGUACUUGCUGCCUCGUCCCGUCGAUGAAGAAUGAGCUCUGUCGAGGGCAGUCGCGCUGUUGAUGUUGACUAUUCUGUCGAUGUCGAUCGAGGCGCUGGUCUGCCGUCUGGAGAGCUUACGCAUGCGCAUGACCAUGACCAUGACCAUGCGGAGGGGUUAGGCGCAGGUGGUAGUGAUCCGGUGUUGGAUGAUGGCGCCCAACAACAACAACAACGACUCAAAGAGAAUGUCAGGCCCGCGGGGGAUACGUCUGUAGAUAAGAAGCCGAGGGACCCGGGAUCGCAGCCUCCGCAGGAGGAGUUCGAUGAUUUUGGCUUGCCGAUUCGCGUGCGGCCGCGGCCGCAGAGGGAGGAGUCAGCCGAUGAGGAAACGUUUCAUGAUGUUCUUGAGAUAAGGGGGGAUGCGAAUGGGGAUGACGUGGAGAGUGGGUUGGAGAGGCAGGUGCAUACCACGACGACAGAGGAAUUGGGGGAGGAAACUGUGCAGGGGGCAGAGAAGGAGGAGGGGGCGAAGGAGAGCCAGUCGGAAUCGUCCACGCCGCAUGCUCUGGGAUCCCCUGUGCAGGAGUCUGCCGAGACGUCCGCGGCGAACGAGAAGCGGGCGCUUUCCAAUGGCGAGUCGGAGUCUCAUAGUCCGAGUGAUGAGCCGCCCCCGCCGUAUACGGAGAACUCGACCCACGGGGAGGCCGGCACGGGUGAGUGUCUUUCUUCGCAGAAGAAACAUGUGUCAGUGAGGCCGUCGGAGUGGUCGCAUCAGGGGUUUCAUGCGGCUCCGGAGUCGGACGAGGAAGGGGAAGAUGAGGAUGAUGACGGGGGUUGGAAGGAAAUGCCGGCUCUCGGCGAAUUCGAUGAAUAUGAUGACUACGGGCGGCUCAUUGCUCGUGGUACAAAGCAGGAGGAUAGUGAGGCUGUCUACAGCGGUCUGGGAGGGGCGGGGAAAGGAUACACCCGGGUGCAGCUGGACGAAGAUGCCCAGUCCGCGACCAGUAUGGAUGAAGAUACGAGCUACCUCUUCAAAGAGUCUGCCCUCAACUCCGCCGGCAUGGAGGAGGAGCUGCGUGACCCGGUGAGCCAGUUGCAGGCUACAAAAGAUCUUCUGACGGAAGGCCAGAGGAUCGCAUAUGUUGGAGUCACCAGAUUAUCUAUUCACCAAAUGACAUUAGACAUGAACAAAAUACCGCCGAUCAAGGGCACGCGCAAGGCCAGGCAAGGCGGCAUCGACUCGAUACGGAAAUGGGGCCAGACAAUGAUGGGAAGGCUCUAUGCCCACAUGGACAUCGACGCGGCGGAGCAGGUGAUGAUCGAGCAGUUGGCUGAACACGGCGUGCAGCCGGCCGAUCUCGUCCGUCCGCUGAUGAGCAACGCCCGUGUCUCCAACCCUCUGGCGGAAGAACCCGAGACACCCAAGGAGUCGCUAUCUUCUCCUACAUCGCCUCGGCUUAGGGAGGGGUACCAAAGCAGUAUCUCUACCGAUGUCGACAGAUCCUCUACGUCAACAUCCCCUCCGCCGUAUGAGACUCACGAGGGAGAAGAUUUGCCGGAGGUACGAACACCUUCCCAGUUGCCUACAUCCGCAAAGAUCGACAUCGAUCUUCGAUGGACGGUACUCUGCGAUCUCUUCCUCGUGCUCAUUGCAGACUCGGCGUAUGAUGCGCGGUCGCGGACGUUACUCGAACGCGUUGGGGCGUCUAUGGAGGUGUCAUGGAUGCAGAUCGCCAGGUUCGAAAAGCGCGUCAUUGACGCUCUCGAGAUGCAGGAGGCCGCCGAAAAGGAGACCUGGGAUGAGUCGGAGCACAUGGAGAAGCGGCGGAAGAUGGCCCUGAAACGAAAGUUCAUGGUCAUGGGCCUAGCCACGGUUGGUGGCGGUCUGGUCAUUGGUCUGUCCGCUGGGCUGUUAGCCCCCGUCAUCGGCGCUGGUAUAGCAGCUGGGUUUACCACCGUUGGCAUCACAGGGACGAGCGCGUUCCUCGGCGGCGCCGGAGGCACGGCGCUGAUCGCCUCCGGGGCUACCUUGACCGGAGGGACGAUUGGGAUGCGGGCUUCCCAGCGACGUACAGGUCCUGUUCAGACCUUCGAGUAUCGUCCCUUACAUAACAAUAAGCGGGUCAAUCUGAUCAUCACCGUGUCCGGAUGGAUGACUGGUAAGGUGGAUGACGUCCGGCUGCCUUUCAGUACGGUCGAUCCCAUCAUGGGCGAUCUAUACUCGGUCUUGUGGGAGCCGGACAUGCUUCGGAGUAUGGGUGACACUAUCAACAUUCUUGCUACGGAGGCCUUGACUCAAGGACUGCAGCAGGUCCUCGGACAGACCGUCCUGGUUGCUUUGAUGGCAUCGCUACAACUGCCUCUUGUGCUCACCAAGCUGUCGUAUCUGAUUGAUAACCCGUGGAACGUGUCGCUAACGCGCGCAACGGCGGCUGGGCUCAUUCUUGCCGACUCUCUGAGAGAGAACAAUCUGGGGAAACGUCCUGUCACUCUUCUCGGAUACUCGCUUGGCUCCAAGGUCAUCUUCUCCUGCCUCAAGGAGCUUGCUGAUAAGGGCGCCUAUGGUCUGGUCCAGAACGUGUAUCUUUUUGGAACCCCGAAUGUGGCCAGCCAGGAUGAAUAUCUCAAAGCCCGCAGUGUGGUCUCUGGCCGUUUUGUGAACGGAUACGCGUCGAACGACUGGAUCUUGGGGUACCUCUUCCGCGCCACGGGCGGUGGAAUCAUGCGCGUGGCGGGCCUUGCCCCGGUGGAGGGCAUCCCUGGACUAGAGAACUUCGACGUCACCCACAUUGUGAACGGCCAUAUGGACUACCGAGCCGCGAUCCCGCGGCUGCUCAAGGAGGUUGGCUGGGAAGUGCUGAGCGAGGAAUUCGCCGAGAUCGAGGACCCGGAUCCGGAGAACCAUCAGGAGCGGCAACGGGAGCUGAUUCGGGAGAUCGACGAGGCGCGACGCGAGGCCGAGCUCAAGCCGGAGAAGAAGAGAUUCGGACUGUUCAAACGGGGAAAGCUGGCGCAGAAGAAGGGAUGGGAGACGUACGACGUGGCCCGCAACAAUGCCCCGCGGAGCCCGGGGGAGAGCAAUGCGGGGUCUGUUCUGUUUGACAUCGACGCCAUCCGGGCCGAACUGGCGUCGGAGAAGAUCGAAGUACGGCAGCUGGAAUCCACGCUCCCUCCGAUGAAGCUGGACUUGAGUGCCCCCUCGAGUCCAUCUCCGGCUGCCCCGUCAGCCGGGAAAGACCUGAAGACCCCCGAAACACCGGCGCCUCCGACUCGAACGCGGUCCGAGACCCUCACUGCCUACGAUCCUUCUCGCGAUGCCCAUCCGACCCUGCCGGAGGAAGAAGUCGAGAUGACAUUCGACACGUCCUUCCACGAUACCCCCCAACGCUCCCACUCCUCCUUCGAGCCCGCGACCGCUUACGAUGCCUAUCCCUCCCGGCCGGAACUUCGGUCCUCCGCCACGAUGCCCGCCCUCGGUGCCAGCACGCUUGGAGCCAUGGCGCUGGAGCCGAAUGCCUGGGCUGAUCCUGACGAAGGGGAAGAGGGGGGGAUCAGUAUGACUUUUGAGUGAUGACGAUGUAUGAGACUACGUGAUGGGACGCUUCUUUACUGAUGGAUAAAGCCCCGUGGUGGCAGAGACCAAGUCCACGGGCUGUUACUUUUCUUAAUCCUGUCCACUUUCUUCUGUCAUUCUUCUUGCUUUGCUUCUUUGCAUGCCGCGAUGCGGCUUUACGGAUGACGCGAUCCGAUGUUUUGCUGUUCCAUUUAGAGCAUUACUACUACCUUCUUUGUUGCAUACACAUUACGGCCCAGCAUGAUACAGCAGCCUACCUACCUAAUCCAUGCAUGCUUGCUACGUCCUCUUUCUUUGUCUUGGAUAUACGCUGUUGGGGGUAGCAUAGCCGAUAAACGAACUCCAUUGCUUAUUAUUUUAC